AUGCACUCAAACGCGUUAUUUCUGUUGAUUUUAAUAUUUAAUAAUGCAUACUGUAGAAUCGUAUAUCCCUCUACAUUUGUGGAAAAGGUAGAAGAUAUAUUGUCCAGGACUUAUGGAGAAAGGGAAGUCCUACUAUUCAAGGAAAUGAUCAACGAUUUACAUCAUGGUAACACUAAUUGGUCUGAAAGAGAUGAGAAAGACCUAAUAAACAAUAUCGCAAAAUUUUUUGGUUCCAACUCUGUGGAACUAUACAAGAACAUAUUAAAUCAUUUAAAUACACCACAAACAUUCAAUAGCUACGAUGAUCAAAUUGUCAUUUCUUCAAUCAAUCUUUUCAAACAGGAGUUUGUCAAACUAAAUAAUUUGAUAGACAAACAUGUUAUACCGCAGUACCAUCGUUUCCUACAGUUAAAACAACACGCCGCUAUUGUUAAUAAUAAAACAGAUAUAACACGACAUUCUGAUACUGUUUGCUGGUCACCAGCUUCAUGUGGAGCAGUAGAGUCGAUAUUGAAUAUUUGUACAUCUAUUAGAGGUGGAGCUGAUAUUGUUUAUGACAAAUUUUCAGUGGCAGUUCACGUUUUGGGUUCAGUAAUGGCCGUACUUUGCGGUUGUAUUUUUGUAGGACCUGUACAUCAUUGUGUACUAAAAAAUUUUCCAUAUACAUGCAAAUUGCCAUUCCCUGUUUUUAACUCACUACUCAUGGCGAAUUCGAUGAUAUGGGAGGUCACAAAAUUGACUAGUGUCAUUUGUAGAGUAUAUGGAGAUCCUGGAAUAUCUAGUACCCUCGUGAGGUAUAACAGAUGA